UUGACGUAAGAGACCCACUACAAGACCCAGCAGGGCUGACGGCGAGGCGUGAUAGCGUUAGUUUAUGUUGUAAGGGAUUUGCAGAUCAAGCGGACUGUUUCAUCGAUUUAUAAGACGACUCGAACCCGAGACAGUGCAGAGCGAUGUUUUCCAAGCUGAACCGCCGCGUGUUCCAGGUGGGGCCCGUCCUGGCCAGGGGCCUACACUCAGGGGCCCGGCCCGCCUCCACAGCCGCCCCCAGCCUGAGGCGGGCGGAGCGCCCACUGACCUCUGAGGAGGUGUACGCCCGGGAGGGCAAGUACGGAGCCCACAACUACCACCCACUCCCUGUGGCACUGGAGCGAGGCGAAGGACUGUACGUGUGGGACGUCGAAGGCCGCAGAUAUUUUGACUUCCUGAGCGCCUACAGCGCAGUGAACCAGGGCCACUGCCACCCGAAGAUCAUCGCCGCGCUCAACUACCAGGCGUCCAGGCUCACGCUCACCUCUCGGGCCUUCUACAAUGACGUGCUGGGGGAGUACGAGGAGCUCAUCGCCACGCUGUUCGGCUACGACAAGGUCCUGCCCAUGAACACAGGUGUUGAAGCCGGAGAGACGGCCUGCAAGCUGGCUCGAAAGUGGGCGUACCAAGUGAAAGGUGUGCCCAAGUACAAAGCCAAGAUAAUUUUUGCAAAUGGGAACUUCUGGGGCCGUACGAUGGCGGCCAUCUCCAGCUCCACUGACCCUAGUAGCUAUGAUGGCUUCGGGCCCUUCAUGCCUGGCUUUGAGCUCAUUCCCUACAACGACAUCCCGGCGCUGGAGCGAGCCCUGCAGGACCAGAAUGUUGCGGCCUUCAUGGUGGAGCCCAUCCAGGGCGAGGCUGGGGUUGUGGUGCCGGACCCGGGGUACCUCACCAAAGUGAGAGAGCUCUGCACUCAGCACAACGUGCUGUUCAUUGCUGACGAGGUGCAGACAGGGCUGGCCAGGACGGGCCGGAGGCUGGCAGUGGACCACGAGGCGGUGCGUCCAGACCUGGUGCUGCUGGGCAAGGCCCUGUCUGGAGGAGUCUACCCCGUGUCCGCUGUGCUGUGUGACGACGAGGUGAUGCUGACCAUCAAGCCUGGAGAGCACGGCUCCACGUACGGGGGGAACCCUCUGGGCUGCCGAGUGGCCAUCGCUGCCCUGGAGGUGCUGGAGGAGGAGAAGUUAGCAGAGAACGCUGAAAAGAUGGGCCAGCUGCUGCGGGCGGAGCUCAUGAAACUGCCCAGUGACAUUGUCACCACAGUCAGGGGGAAGGGCCUUCUCAACGCCAUCGUCAUCAAGGAGACCAAAGACUACGAUGCCUGGAGGGUGUGCCUGCGUCUGAGGGACAACGGACUGCUGGCCAAGCCCACGCAUGGUGACAUCAUCAGGUUUGCCCCACCCCUAAUAAUCAAGGAGGAAGAGGUCAUGGAGUGUGUGGACAUCAUUCAGAAGACCAUCCUGUCCUUCUGAAUCAGCGGCCAGCCCCGGUCCGUCAGAUUGUUGUUCUUACACGGACAACCAGAUGGACCAUAUGCCAUGAACUAUCAAAUGAGAAGUAUACGGAUUCUAAACCUUUUUUAAAUUUAAAACAUGCCAUCACAUAAAUAAGGGCUCUGGUCAGUCAGCUUAAUGUUCUUUGUUCUUAACUCUGUCAGCGAGAAAUUUAGGCAAAUGUUACGUUUAUCAGUUCUUAGACAUUUGCUUUGGUUCGUGUCAUUGACCACAAAGUUUGUGACAUUGUGGAAGUGUUACACAAGGUACAUUCCUCAGAGAUAAGAAUGAAGCACAUUGCUGUUCAUUUGGAUUGGGGCCUUAAAGGUCCUAAAAAGUGCAUCAUCUGAAUACUUUCUUGUGAAAGUAUCUCUUGGAAUGUAUCAGAGGAAUCUGGGCAGGCCAAACUCCUUCAUAGAUGAAGUCACUUUUGACCAAGUCAUUAUGCUCAGCCACAGACUGAAUGCUUUUAAAGAAAGCAUUUGUAGUUUUGUUACAGCGUGAAGCUUGAUACUGAUAUAUUAGUUUUCUGUGGAAAGCUAAGCUGGAAAUAAUAUGCAAAGGGCUGCAGAUGUUGAAUAUUUUAAGUCUUCAGAUAACUUGUCACAUAUUAACGUAAACUAAUAUUUAACAGCGAUGAAAAACAUUUACUGACGCGUGUAAACAUGCUUUCCCUUUGUUUCUUGCACUCAGAAUUCCCUUCAUUUAUAUUUUUCCUGCUGUUACAUAGAAAAAGCUAUGUCACUGAUUUUAGUACAUUUUACGAACACUUCGUGCGUAUUUCCUAUGUUUGUUGAUAAAUGAGUAAUAUAUUUCUAAUUUUAAAACUCUUCCUUAUUCAGGCAGUUGUAUUGCAUUGUUUUUAUCCACAGUUAUUAUUUCCAGUUCAGAGCACUGGUUUACCCAUGGAGUAUAAUGUUAUUCUCAGAACUGAGUGGAAACUGGAUGUGAAUCCAACAUACUUCCAAAAAUAUGCCUUAGAAUAAAUGCAUUGCUAUCCAGACAAUAUUAAUGUUAUAUUUUUCUGGUGGUUAUCUUUCUCGCAAACAACACUGCAGAUGAGCCAAGUGCAAUAAGGACAGUUGUCAGCAAAUAGUUUGCCAGUAGUUAGCUACCGCACUGUAGCUUGCUAACAUGUAAAAAGUAGUUUCCUUCUGUUUUGAUAUUAUAUUUGUUAUGUUUGUUUGCUAAUUAGGUAAGAGAACAGUAAUUCAGCAGUAUACCGCUGUCCAAUGAAUUGUGAUUGAAACAGUGUUAGGGUUAGGGUUAGGACUGGCUAGUAAGCUAGCUUGUAAGAGACCUACAGUCUAAACCAUGCAGCUAAGUAGAAGGAAGGCUGGACAGGUUGUCCGGUGCUAAUCAACUGAAAAUUAAGCCAUUUUAAACAUUGUAAGUUGCAGUGUCCGCAUUGUACCUUUUGAAGUAAUUUUAAGCUAGGGAAUCUCUAUAGCUUGCUAGCUUCAGGCCUUCUGUACCACACAAUCCCCAGUGAACAGUGUGGAUGAGUCUAAUGGUGACAGGAUAAUUGUGCUAUACAUACUAUGCUGCCCACUUUUUUUUAUUACAAAUGAAAAUUCUUAUGCCCUUUCUGGUAGCAGAUAUUUAGUUGACUGUCUGUUGACAGCUAUUUUGAAAUUCUUCCAAUGUUUCAAGAUUGUGCAAUUCUAACAUUUUUCUGGAUGAAUAAUGAUUGCAGCCUUGAACAUUUGUAACGCAGAAUCAUCACACCGUUGAAACAGCUGUACAAAAAAAUGCGACAAAGAGAUUGUAUGUUUUCACACAAAACCUGCCUAAAAGGGAGCUAUGUUGUUUUGUUACAGAAAUGGAAAUGAUAAUGGUCAUUUUAAGACCAUAACGUUACUUCAUUAUGCUUGUGAAUGGGGCUUUAUUUGUUUGAAUUCUACUGUGCAGACUGCAGUCAAACAAAAUGUCCCUUAAUGUCUGCACCAUGUAAUAUUACAUUCACAUACUCUCGAGCUGCACGCCUUGGAAACCAAGGGGUACACAAAGGGAUAGUAAAAGGGGUUUAUUUGUUUAUUCCACCAAUCACAUGGUCAAGACCAGGAACAAGCAACCUUACCCUGGGGGUUCUGCAGGUGGUUCUGAUUGUUGUUCCAUUCAGGCCCUGACUCAGUCAUAAGACAUGGUGAAUGUACAGUACCUGUCAAAAGUUUGGACACAACUGCUCACAGAAGAUCUCCUUCUAUGAGCUAAAGAUUUAUUUUUUAGUAGUUUCCACGUUUUAGAAAAAUAGUAAAGACAUCAGAAGUAUGAAAUAACACAAAUUGAAUUAUGCA